AAGAUCGAGAUGUCUGGAAGUUAAAUAAUAAAAUGUCAAUUAUGUCAACAUAUUAAUGUCCUGAGGGUUUGUGCUAGGUAAAAUUUGUAUUUUAAGCUCUGUGUAUUGAAGUAACUCGGUAAUUCAAAUGUCAAUUGCAUAAAAUUUCACAUCAAUCUUCUUAAUUCAUCACCGAAAUCCAUGCCAUCGUCCGUAAACAUCUACGAUUUAAAACCCUGCGACAAAACUCUCCAAGCAGAAGCUGAAAAACAGAAAGCUUGGCUAAAAGAAAAAGAAAAACGGUUGAACAGAAGAACAAAAAAGAAAUCUAAGGAACCCGAAGAACCUACCAAGGACACCGCGAUUGCUCGCAAACCGAAGAUCGAAUAUGCAACUAAGGCGAUAAACGCUCCGCGAAAGAAGAACAAAGGUACGGAAAAAUUCACAAAGAUGGAUUUGGCCGAGGUGUAUCGGAAGUGUGGUCUGACGAAGAUACAACAAGCCAUUGGGCCGAAACUGUUUAGAACUGGUAGUACCUUCAGUGCCAUUAGCCGUGAUAGCCGUGGUAGUCUUGGUAGCAAAAGUAAUGUGGGUUACAAAAUAUAAGGUUUCACAUUUCUACGUGUUUUAUUUUUGUCUAUCUCAAUAGGCUUCAUAGAUAUAAACAAUAAUACAUAAUUUCCUGCUCUAAAGUAGGUAAAAUUUUAUAUUAGGUUAAAAAAAGAUCACUGUUGACAUAUCUAGAUAAAAAUCCAGGUUAAUUUUGAAAAAUUAUUCUACUGUUGAAAAUGGUGCUUGACACCUUCAUCGGCCACCUUAGUAUAAACAGUCUAAUAGCGUAUGCCGAUAACCUGGCCAUUUUGCAAUUAGGUUAUAUGUCAAACUUACUGACGAAAAAUUCCAGUUUCAUAAUGCCUUUAAAUUCUAGAAUUCCUUCACUAGAAACAACUACUACUAAUUUCUUCAAUGCAGCACCUCCGUCUGGUACUAAUACAGAUGGAGUGAGCUUCAUUUUACCGCCCCCCAGACGGUCUAUAAAUACUUUAACAAGUCGAUCUCUAUCGCCUGGUAAAUUUUUAAAAUACGAAAAAACUGAUCGUAGAGCUUCGUCUGCAAAAGAAAGAAGAGAGACUAGCAGUUUAAUCCCUGAUAGAAAACCAAGUAAUUCAUCUUCACGAAACCAUUUCAAAACUAUCGAUAAUAGUAUCAUUAGCCCAAAAAAGAGUUUAAGUCGCGCAUCAUCGCAUCUACAACAAAAAACACAGAUAACCCUAAAUAAACGCGAAUCUAAGCCUUCACAUGACUCAUCUGAAAAACUACCAAAGAAAGAUCGAGUUGAUCCUGUAGAAAAAUCUAAAAAAAAUGACAAUAGAGCUAAAUCAAAACAAAACAAACAUAAAAUAGAAAAUAUUUACGGUAAUAAAAUAGAAUUAAAAGACGUACAAAUAAAAAUUAGAGAUCGAUCAGAGUCACCUGUAAAAUGUAAAACAGAAAAUCAACAUUCAUCUCCUAAAAAAUCACAAAUGAAAGAAGCAAACAUAAAUAGUAAAUCACGUACCGCAUCUCCUAUUAAGUUGCAAUUUGAUAAAGAUAGUACGAAUAUAAGGAGACUGACAUCCCCUAAAAAACCGCAAAAAGAAGUGGAAGAGAAAUCAAAAAAUAUAUACGAUACUUCAUCUCUUUUAAAAUGGUUGACAGAAGAUUUGCUACCAGCAGAACGAUGCUGGCCAAUCAAAAACCAGCACUGUGAUUUCAAUCGAGUUACAUCUCCUAAUGAAUGGACAAUAGAAGAUUUGACUGAUCGGUGUAGAUCUCCUAAAAUAUCGCGAAACGCAGCUAGAUUUUCGCCACCUUUAAAAUGUCAAUUAGAAGAAAAAUUACAGGUAAUAAAAAACAGAAUGGACGUCAAAGUUAUUGAUAGAUCUUCGUCGCCUAUACGUUUUAAGGAACCGCAGGUUGAAAAGCAAUUUAAAAACCGAGGUAGGUCAUCGCUAAAUGAAGUGAUCGAAAAGAGGGGAUUGUCUGCAUCUAGAGUAAGGUUUUCGUCCCCUAAAAAAACGCAAAAUGAGUUAGAUCGUCCCCUAAGAAAUUAUGUAAACGAGAAAUACGAAAAACAUAGAGUACUGUCUUCAUCUACAGUAGCGGUUUUGUCCCCUAAAAAACCGCAAAACGAUGUACAACAUCCCCUAAAAAAUACGCUUCAAGCGAGUUUGCAGCAAGAAGAAAGAAAAUGUAUAAGUAGGAGAUUUCGAAGUACGUCUGCUUCGCCUAAAAAAUCGCAAUCGCAAUAUCCGUCACCUAAAAAAACUGACGUAGAAAAACACACUAAAAUAGUGUACGCUGAGGAAUAUUUGAAAAACAAGCGGAAUUUAAGUUUUUCAGCCCCUUUUCGCAGGACCACAGGAUCUCAAUGCGAUCGUCCGAAUAGAAACAAAUCAGUUGAAACAUCUUUGGGGACUGAUAACAUGGCGUAUACCCAGCAAUAUGGUGUGUGCGGGAAUAGUAAUAGCCCGUGUAAUGUUUAUAAGUUUUUAGUACAAUUAGCUUAACGUUUUUUUAGGUGAUAUUGAUAUGUGGUUGAUAUUAAAUUUCUACAUUUACGUUUUUCUUUUUGAAUAUCAACAUUGUUCCUUUUCUAAAA